CCCCGCAGCUUCGGGUCAGGCGGUUGGGGUCACAUGACCAGCGGGAACCCCUCACGUGACAGCUCGGGCGGGGCUGUGAGCAGCACUUCCCUACUCGCCCUUCUGUCUGCGUCACCGUGGAGACGGUCACCGUGGGGGCACAGGAGUGGGCUGAGGGCUGCAGGGUCCGUGCUGGGGCGGGGGUGUGCCUGCCCAGCCUCCCAUCCUCCGCGGCCGCUGCGAGCUCGGGCACCAUGCCAUGCGCGUGUGGCUGGAAGGGGACCUCCCUGCCACCCGGCCCCCUCCCGGCCGGGCCAGUCUCCAGAGCCCGGCUGGGGAAGGCCUGCCCUUGAGGGGGAGGAAGGGAGACUUCAGAAGACGGGGCUGGCGGGAGGACAGCUCUCGAGCCUGGGAUGCUCCAGGUGGCUCCUCCAUGCCUGGGUAGCAGCGGGAAGUCCCAGAGAGGAGCAUCUGAUUCCUCUGAGACUCCAGCCACGACUUGUGGCCCUGAGCACGCAGCCCCUGGAUCUGGGAGCCAGGCCCAGCCCCUUACCAGAGCCUACACUACCCCUUUCAGACCUCAGAGCCGCCAGGAACCAGAGAAACUCCUCACUCAUUAAACACCACCUCCCCCAGGCUGUUGAUGGUUCAGUCAUCAGUCGUGUCUGACUCUGAGACCCCAGUGGGCAGCAGCCCGUCAGGCUCCUCUGUCCAUGGGAGUCUCCGGGCAAGAACACUGGAGUGGGCUGCCAUUCUCUUCUCCAGGGAUCUUCGUGACCCAGGGGUCGAAUCCGUGUCUCCUGCACUGGAGGUGGAUUCUUUACCACUGAACCCCUCCCCCCAAUCCCGGGAUGACCUCUGUUGUCUUGUCUCUAUGAGUCUGCUUAUUCUAGAGAGCUCACACAAGUAGAACCACACGCAAUUUAUCUUUGUUUCUGGCUUUCACUGAGCAUCAAGUCUUCAACGCUCAUCCAUGUUGUAGCCUGUGUCAGGAUUCCCUUCCUUUUUUCCAGAUAAAUAUCAAUUAUAUUCCGUUUAUGGACAGAGCACAUUGUGCAUAUCCAUUGAUCCAUCAGUGGACACCAGAUUGUUUCCACCUCUUGCCUGUGUUUAAAUCCCGGCUGUCAAUUCGGGUGUGCGAUAAUCUCUUCAAGACCUUGCUUUCAGUGUGGGGGCGGGUACACCUGGAAGUGGGAGUGCAGGACCACGGGGUAAUUCUGUUCACUUCCGAGGAAGCUCUACUCUGCUUUCCACGGCAUUUGCAUCGUUAUAGAUCCCAACCAGCAGUGCACAGAAGUUUCCAUUUCUCCACAUCCUCUCCAACACUUGUUUUGUUGAGAGAUAGCAUUGCCACAGUGAGAGUGGUCUCUCACUGUGACUUUGAUUGGCAUUUUCCUGACUAGUGGCGUCACCUUCUCAUGCACUUUGUGAGCGUGUGUGAGUCUCUGGAGAGACGUUUGAAGGGGCAAGGGGUGUCUCCAAGCAGGGCUCAGUGCUCUCAGCUCUGACCCAAGUGGCACCCGCAGUUGUGUCAAAGCUGACAUGUGUGUGCAUGUAUUAAAUUAUACAUAUAAUGUACCCUUUUAACAUAAAAAGUGUUU